AUGUCAGAAGCUAUAAAAUUUGUAGGUACUCUCAAUAUUGAAAAUCAAGAUUCGUACUCUAGCACUAGAGAAAAUGAAUUAAGUUCAUCAAUUAAUGAAAAAGUUCCUAUUGAAGCUUCGGGAAAUGAAAUAAGAACAGAUAAUUUGGUACCUACAUCAUCUGGAUUCAAUGACUCUGAAAUUCCAACACCCAAUCUUUGUAGAAUAUGUUUACAGUCUGAUUUGGAUGAAUCAAAUAAAUGCAUCUCUCCUUGCUUUUGUCGUGGGAGUAUAUCUAAGGUGCAUAAAACAUGUUUAGAAAAAUGGCUCCUUCAAGCCAGCUCUACUGUUUGUGAAAUUUGUACAUUUGUAUAUAAAACCAGACGGGUCACAAAAUAUUCAUUACUAGGAUCAAUUAAAGCAUGGUUUUUCAGUAGUGAAAGCAUAGAAGAAAUUAAAGAAUUAUUUUAUGACGGAUGUGUGUUGGUUAUUACAUUACCAUUUAUAUCCUUAUUUUCGUACAUAGGAUUUUCUAUAACCGAGCAUAUUUUCAACACAGAUGUACAGGUAAUAAAAAUACAGUAACAAUUUAAAAUGUUAUAGUGGUA